UUGUGUGAUAUGAAUGGAAAAGAUACCAAAUUCCCUCAUUUCUACAUCUAAAUCUAAUAAAAAUUCAAGCGGUAUCCAGUAAAUAUUUGAUCCCGAUGCUAUUAAAAUGUUCGCCAUUAGCUUGAGACGUGUUUAUAAAGUAUGUGAUAAGGUUAUAGUCCGUAGUUUGCGAGGGAGGUUAGGGCCGAGCGGCCCUCCUGUUGGCACCAACCCUGGCCUCAAUAGCAGACUCAAAGCUUUCCAGAAAGAAGGAGUGAAGAUUGAAGAUGACGACGUCGAAGAAUUCGUUGAGCAGUCCGAAAGCAACAUGUUUGCUUCUGGUGAUGCAUACAGUGAACAUCUCAAUGAGACUCUGAUAGGAAAACACAUACUCCGGCAUCAAGUGGUGAAAGAGAAAUACUUCAAGGAGCACAUGCCCAACUUACUUACAUGGAGUGAGAAGGAACAGAUCCGGCUGCUGAAUUCUGAGAAUCCCGAGGAGUGGACUCCGGACCGCAUUGCAGAGAGCUUCCCUGUCACUGCGCCUGUUGUUAAGAAACUACUGAAGUACCCAUGGAAACCAGCUUCAGAAUCUCGCAUUGCCAGACAUGAUGCAUCAGCUCUAAGAAACUGGAGGGAGUUAAAAGAGGGUACCCUUGAUAUUCCAGAACAAGUCCGGCAACACUUCUUGAAAUUCUCAGAUCGCUCCAUACCUCCAUUAGAUAAGAAAUCUUUAAAAGUUGAUCUGACACCCGAACAACCAAUAGGAGAGUUUCAGAAAAUAGUAGACAGAUGUGCAGCAAAAGAUAAUUCUAAUGGUGAUAGAAAUGAACCAUUUGAUGAAGACUUGAAACAUAGCAAGGAACAACAUUCACAAAGUAAAUUUAUAAAUAAGAAAAGAACAACUUUAGAUGAACUUACAAAUAAAAUAAAAACUAGAUUAGAGCAAGGUAAAUCAGUAGAUGUCCCAGAUCAACUAAUUGUUAAUACUAUGAAUAGUUCAGUUUCCUCAUCAAAUAGUCCAGAAACAAAUUAUCCAAUUGAACUGGAAGAUGCUGAAGAGAAAGCUGUAACUAAUUACAAGGAGGAAGAGAAAAUAGUGGCAGUAGCCAGUUACCCUGAAAGAAUUAGAAUCCCAAAGAAGGCUUACAAGAAAGGGGCCACAUAUAAAGUGAAUGAUUGCUAUUAUGAUGAUGAUGGGAGGUUCCUUUACAGAGUCAUUGGUAUGACCAGUAACAAUACUAAUUAAUUGUAGAAAAGCCUUAAUUAUGAAAUAAAACAAGUAUUGAAGCUAA